UGGAGAGAGGUUGAAAAGAUAAAAACCACACAAUCGGGAGCGAGUUCACUCAUCAACAUUUUCAAAACUUGUGCAAGUGCAAGACAUGGAAGGUGUUCGAUGCAUUUCCAGUACUUUGAUCCAAGCAUCAUCGACUCACAAAGAAGAAAACCAGAGGGUCGAGUUAACUCCAUGGGAUCUUUGUUUGCUUCUACUUGGCCCCAUCCAGAAGGGACUUCUUUUCGAAGAUGGCGAAAUUAGUGACGGAAACACCUUCGUCGACUCCUUAAAAGUUUCCUUAUCCCGCACAUUGCACCACUUUCCGCCUCUAGCAGGUCGGCUAGCCACCGUCGAACACGACGACGAAACGGUUUCGUUUUACGUUGAUUGCAAUAACGCAGGAACGUUAUUCGUCCAUGCCAAAGCCGAUGGAGUAACCGUUUCCGACGUCGCUGAAUCCGUUUAUGUCCCCUCCAUUGUCAAUUCGUUCUUCCCACUUAAUGGUCUACCGAAUUACAAUGGAAUCACCCAGCCGCUACUUGGCGUGCAAGUCACGAAGCUCGUUGAUGGCGUCUUCGUCGGUUGUACCAUCAAUCAUUCCGUGGUCGAUGGGACAUCGUUCUGGCAUUUCAUCAAUUCAUGGUCGGAAAUCUCGAGAGGUUCGAUUCGCUUAUCGAAGCUCCCGAUCUUUCAACGUUCGUUUGCUUUUAAUUUCGAUUAUCCCAUUCGGAUUCCUCGACCUUCGGUCGGAGAAUUCCGUGAAGAUGGGAUAGUUCAACCUCCUUUGUUGCAAAGAGUUUUUCAUUUCUCAAAGAAAAAUAUUGCGAAACUCAAAGCAAAAGCUAACGCCGAGGUCAGAGCCAACAACAUCUCAUCUCUUCAAGCACUUCUAUCUCAUCUUUGGCUAUUUAUCAUCCGCAACAAAAGAUUAAACCCUGACGAAGAUGUCAAUUUCGGCCUAAUGAUCGGCGCGAGGCCGAGAUUGCGCGAUUUACCGGAACGUUAUUUCGGAAAUGCAUCAAAGGUUGGAAGAAUAACCAUGAAAGCAAAGGAAGUGCAAGAACAAAGCGUGGGAGGCAUAGCAUUGGAAAUGAACAAAAUGAUUGCUACACACACCGAAGAAGAGUUAAGAAGGGACUUCGAGUCUUGGAUAGCAAGUCCGAAAUUGGCAACAAUGGCGUCGCUCGUGAGUAAUUUAACUGCCAUGAGUAGUUCACCUUGGUUUGACGUGUACGGAAACGACUUCGGAUGGGGAAGGCCGAUCUCCGUAAGAAGCGGGUUAGGGAACAAAUUUGAUGGGAAGUUAACUGUGUUUUGUGGUGUGGAAGAAGGGAGUAUUGAUGUUGAAGCAUGCCUUUCGGCUGAGACCUUGGAAGCCAUGGCCAAUGAUGAUGAAUUCAUGGAUAAGGUCACCAUUUAACAUUAUAUGUAAUGCAAUGUAUGCUUAUAUGUAAUAUGAAACAUGAGAUUAAAAUC